GGCGCGCGCGGCGGGGCGGGCGGCGGCGGCGGCGGUUGGGGCGGCGGCGGCGGUUGGGGCGGCGGCGGCAGCGGCAGUGACGGUUGGGGCGGCGGUUGCUCGGCGGCGGCGGGAUGGACACGCUGGGCAGGAAGGUGGUGGUGUGCGACAACGGCACCGGGUUUGUGAAAUGUGGCUAUGCAGGCUCAAAUUUUCCAGAGCAUAUUUUUCCGGCUUUGGUUGGAAGACCUAUUAUAAGAUCAACUGCUAAAGUGGGAAACAUUGAAAUCAAGGAUCUCAUGGUUGGUGAUGAAGCAAGUGAAUUACGCUCAAUGCUGGAAGUUAAUUAUCCAAUGGAGAAUGGCAUAGUUCGGAACUGGGAUGAUAUGAAGCACCUUUGGGAUUACACGUUUGGACCAGAAAAACUUAAUAUUGACACAAAAAAUUGUAAAAUAUUACUCACAGAACCGCCCAUGAAUCCAACUAAGAACAGAGAGAAGAUUGUGGAGGUUAUGUUUGAGACAUACCAGUUUUCUGGAGUAUAUGUAGCCAUUCAGGCUGUUCUUACUUUGUAUGCUCAAGGUUUGUUGACUGGUGUUGUUGUGGACUCUGGAGAUGGCGUAACUCAUAUUUGCCCAGUUUAUGAAGGUUUCUCUCUUCCCCAUCUCACCAGACGGUUAGAUAUUGCUGGGAGGGAUAUCACUAGGUAUCUUAUUAAGCUCCUCUUACUGCGAGGGUAUGCUUUCAACCAUUCUGCUGAUUUUGAGACUGUUCGUAUGAUCAAGGAAAAACUAUGUUAUGUGGGAUACAACAUCGAACAGGAGCAGAAACUGGCAUUAGAGACCACAGUACUAGUUGAAUCCUACACGCUCCCAGAUGGCCGGAUUAUCAAAGUUGGUGGAGAACGGUUUGAGGCACCAGAGGCUCUUUUCCAGCCUCACUUAAUCAAUGUAGAGGGGGUUGGUGUGGCUGAAUUGCUGUUCAACACCAUCCAGGCAGCUGACAUUGAUACCAGGUCUGAAUUCUAUAAGCACAUUGUGCUGUCUGGAGGGUCCACCAUGUAUCCUGGGCUGCCCUCACGACUGGAACGGGAACUUAAACAGCUCUACCUGGAACGAGUCCUGAAAGGAGAUGUGGAAAAACUCUCUAAAUUUAAGAUCCGAAUUGAAGAUCCACCUCGUCGAAAGCACAUGGUGUUUCUGGGUGGCGCGGUUCUAGCAGACAUCAUGAAAGACAAAGACAACUUCUGGAUGACCCGACAAGAAUACCAAGAAAAGGGAGUGCGUGUGCUGGAGAAGCUUGGUGUGACUGUUCGAUAAAUCCCAAAGCUUGUUCCCAUCACAUGUCUAAAGCUUUUUUUUCCUUUCAUUGCCAAUCUCUGAACUCACUCAGCUACAUGCUAUGGAAAGGCCUGCCCGUGGCCUUUGACCCAAAGGUCAGGUUUUGUUCUGGUUUCUUGGGGUAGCUUUUGUUAAAUGUUUCUUAAUGUGGCUAAAUUUGACUAUUAAAUUUGACCACUUCCCUGCUAACAAAACAGAGCAAGAGCAGCCUGUCUACUUCAUUGUUCCUUCCCAGUAGGCAAUUGGGCAAUUCUGGUAGGCUUUUUCUUCUGGGUUUAUUGCUGUAGCACUGCUAGCUUUUGUCUCUAGUUCACAAGGGGUUGUGUGCCUUUUUUUAGCAUAAGAAAACCUUAAAACAGAAGCUUUUGCCAUUGGGUCAUUGUGGUGGUUAUCUUUGCAUCUUUUUGCCUCUCUCUACCUUACGAUUUUUUUCUUUCCCGCAAUUAGGAAUUUUGAUUAAACAUAGCUAGAAACUAGUUUAACUAGCUGGAGUGGCUUUAACACAUGGUUUCAAUGUAAUGUGGUUCCAUAUGCACUGCUGCCUAAACUGGCUUCUGAGGUGGUUUAUCAGAAUUCUUAAAGGUGAUGGGGCUUUCAUACUGUAUUUCUCUAGUUGGGCAUGUACACUGUUGCCACAAACUGAGAAACAUCAGAUAUUCUGGCAAAUGUAAAUUUGUGGCCUUAGGUGUCUUUUUUGGAGGAAGGAGACAGAGGUUUGCGCUGCAUUGCUUUUCUGCUGAUGGACAGUUGGGGGUCAGUCUGACUGACCGAAAAUGCCCCCUUUUUUAGCUAAGUUUUGGUACCAUGUUGUCUCAGCAUAGGGAACAAGAAUGUUACAUUAACUAUUCCAUAAUUGCUGGGCUUUAGAGCCUUGGUUGAGAAACUUAAAUAUGCUGGGACAGGAACCUCUAAACUUCUGAAGAGAUUUUAAUACUUUCAAAAAUGCUUGUGAAAACUGUAAUUACAGAUAUUAAAAUCCCCAAAACUAAGUUUUAAAAGUCUGAUGUUUUAAGUGCUUGUACGUACAUCAGAAGCACUUCUAUUAAACCUUACAAGUAUAUUAACCUAGUGCCAAGUAGUUAUUGCAAAUGAAUAUUUCACUGACCAGUGUUUAUUACAGCAAGUAGAUAUCUAUAAACAACCACUGGCAGUAGGUUUUAAAGAAUGACCUGUAUUCGUUGCAGUCAAAAAUAACAUUGGAAUAUGAGAUGUUGGUUGGUAAAUAUCCACAGUUCAUUCUGUCCAGUCUUGAUUUUUUGAUACUUAACAUGGAAUGGGAAAGGAAGUAAAAACCAGUGAUGAAAAUGCUGUUUCCAGAAAGUACAUUAAAGGUGAGUUGUACUGAAAAAUAGAAGUUGUCACUACUAAUUAUCAGCCAUCUUCUCUGAAUAUAGUUGCCUGUAUUUUUUUUCGUGCAAGCAUACUGGUAACUAUCUUUGCAAUACAAUCUGCCUUACGUAAAGCAUAGCAAAAAAUGCUUGCAUUUGAAUGCCGGUUAAACUUAGUUCUAUUUCGCUUUUCAUGGAAAUAUUAUAUCACUUUUGAUUGGUCUUCCAAGCCUACCAUGACAUUAAGGAAAUUAAGAUCUGCUUUUGACUUCCGAACCUUGGAAUGCACGAGGUAUGCAUUCAUACACUUGCCAUUUGUCUGUAUCUUUACAUUAAUAAUUGACCCCAGGAUCGUGGAAAUAUUAACCUCCAUUGAACUGUAAAAACUUGCUUUCUUUCUAAAUUGAGGAGACAGCUUCCUUUUGGCUGAGAGAAUUAAACAGGCAGAAACCAUGUCUGCAUUUCUUUAAUAACAAGACAGUCACUAUAGUAUUGCUAGUAAUGACCAUUUAAUUAUAGGUGGGUGGGGUUUUUUGCAGCUAUAUUUACUCUUAACUUGAACAAUAUGAAUUUACAGGCAUGCCGGUCAUGCCUCAGUGCAUGCACUUAAACAGUUACUAGAUUUUUGGGGACAUGAAUGUAAGGGGUACUCUGAAUUCCUGUAGUCUUUUGAACAUUUAAUACAUAAGAUUUAGAAAUGCUGUGGGCUUGCUUUAGAGCUGUGGCUUCUCAUGUGACUGUCUCUGGGCUUUUUGGACAGUGUUGAGAAUCAUGGAAAUAAACCAAAGAAUGACCUAAAAAAAUGACUUUUUUUGAAUGACAAUCUGUCAUGAUUUUUCAAAUCUAGACCUUGAUCCUGCAUUUCUUUUCUAAACCGUAUUCUCCCCUCUUCAUUGGCUUCAGUUAGGUGUGUGCCUGUUUGAGCAUGUUUUGAGGUUUUGGAAUUUGGCCUUUAUGCUUAGAGUACUUCACAGCACCAUGAGUAAUAGAUGCCACUCGAUUGUGCAGUAACUUGAGUUUCCAUGGAAACCAUGUAUAUAUAAAAAAGCAUUUUAAAUUAUUGCUAUCCUGGAUUCAGAAGAAUGCAUACUUAAUCCAAAUACUGAAUGGGGUGUUCUAGUUGUGCUCAGUGUGGUUCUCUGUGUGCGUGUGUGUUUGCACACAUGUGAGUGUGUGUUUGUGUAUUCUCUCAGUUGACAACUUCAGUAUUGCUGUGAAAGCAAUCUGGUUUUAACUUUUCUUUUUUUUUUUUUUUGAAGACCAAAUAACUUGAGGUGUAAUUGCAAUGUGCUCCUCUUGAAUUAGAAUAGAAGAUGCCUCAUCAGUUGUAAGUUUUUGGGAACAUCCUGUUUUCAACGUUAAGCUGCUUCAAACCCCCCCCCCCCCCAAGUGUUCUAGGAUGUUAACCGAUGUAACACAAAUGGCUUUUUUUUAUACAUUUCUGAACAAUGUUAACACAACACAUGGUUGAGACCAUGAAUGGAAAUAAACAUCUAUUUAAAUUGACAGGUCUUUUCAAUAUAAAAAAUAAAAUCAGAUUUUUUCAAAGUA